CUUCAGUUUCGAAUGCAUUUAACAUCGAAAAGGGAUAAUAAAAAUCAAAUUUUUAAAAAGAAUAAUUAUUUUUGAAAAAUAAUAUUAUUUUUCAAAUAUCUAAUCAAACGACUAAUCAACAAGAAAAAUCUAUCAAGAUGGCAGCAACUUACAUGAAAUGACAGCUAGCACCUGCCACUGCUGUGCGUUAGAAAAUUUACUAUUAUCGAUAAGUAGCUGUAACUACGUUAAAAUAUUUUACAAAAUAUAAAUUAAUAUAACCAUUCUGUAUAAAUUUUAAUUUAUGGAACGUAUAUAAGAAUAAUAAAUUUAUUCGUGCCUAUCAUAUAUUCAAACUUUGGAUUAAGUUAAUAGGUUAGAAAUUUACAGAAUGCUGGGAAAGUUGAAUACAAAUUAAAUGUAUUUUUGUGCAUAUAUAAAUUCUUUUGGAGCGAGGAAAAAAUAUGUAACCGUUCGAAAAAAAGUUACUUAUUGAAUUCAAUCGUUAACAUUUUAAUAUAAGUACCUCAAUAAGUAAUACGACAUUAAGACGAAUUAUUAUUUCUUAUAUUAUUGUACAUUGCAACUACACAUAUGAUCAUUUUAUUCGAUUGAAAUAUAUGUAAAAUUUGUCAAAAUGAUGCAUUACGGACCUUGGAUUCAUCAACAAGCUAUCUUAGAUAACCAUCAGUAUUAUGCUCCAUAUAUCACUGUGAUGCCACAAUUUCAACAUCGUAAUCAAGAACAACAAGAUUUAGAUGAAGAAGAAAGUGAACAAACUGGAGAUGAAACACAUGAUACAAUGACUUCUGCUACAUCAGGAGAACGCAGUUCAAGUGCCGAUCUUUUCAGGUUACAAUUUGCAGCAAUGCAAUGGUCUAAGUUAGUUUCUAAUGCGGAAGGAUUAUUCAAUAAACUUAUGACAAGUAAUAUCUUACCACAUACAGAACAAGAUCAAAUUGAGCAAUGGCUUUGUAUGAAACAGGAAUAUGAAGAAUGUAUUACUAAUGAUGAUGCAGCUAGUUUGCAUGGUUUUCCUGAAAAUACAAGAAAAUCUUUAGAAAGAAUUGAAGAGGUAACAGAAACAGAUGAGAAAACAGACGAAUCUAUAAAUAGAGCAGAAAUGAAAAAUAAUUCGAAUAGUUCAUCAGUCACUGAUAGUGAUAUAUCAGAGCCUGAAGAAGAUGAUGAGGAUGAGGAUGAUCAUAGCGAUGUAAGCUCAGAAAGUCCAGACUUUUUAGAGAAGCUCGAUGAAUGUAUGAAUAAAUUAAAAAUGGAUACAGAUACAAUUGUUGAAUCCAAGAAAGAUGUAUUUAGAGAAACAAACAUAGAAAUCAUUCCAACUAUGAUAAAAUCCAUAAAUACGAAUAAUAAUUACGUUUCUUUGGCGAAACCGAUUCCUGCUAGAAAUCCAAAUUCCAGGCGAAAUUCUAUGCUUCCAGGUUCCGAGAUGUGUAAUGAAGUAUUAGCUUUUAAUGAUAAUUUUAAACCAUAUCAAAAUCAUAUGCUUAAUAAAAAAGCUACUCAAUUUACUGAUACUAAUAUUUUUGACAAUUACGAAUCUGUAACACUUGGUAAUGAAAAUCUUACUGUUCAAAACGAUAACUCUCCAGAUUUAUUAAUAGAUGCUCUUAAAACUACAGAUGUGCCAGAACCAAUCAAAGAAUUAAAAUCAUUAACAUUAAAUAAUGAAGCUAAGCAAACGCAGGUCAGAAAAAUUCAGUCAGAUUUAGAUGGAGCUCAUAAACGUAUCGAAGAAUUGCAAACGACUAUAAAGAUCAAAGAACGCUUUAUUGCAGAUAUGAUAAAAAAUUCUGAUGCUAGAGCAAGUGCAAAAUAUAGAUUUCAAAGAAAAUGGAGUAAACUAGAGGAAGAAUAUUACAAUACUAGAUCUCAAUUAGCACAAGCAGAAAAUGCAUCAAUAUAUAAAGAUUCAGAAGAAAAAUCAGCCCAUAAAAAGGAAAUUGAGUUAUAUAAAAAUAUGGCGAUACAUUAUGAAAAAAGAUUAAUGGACAUUGAAAUGAUAAAACAAAUUGCUGGCGAUUCUGCUAAGAAAGUUUUGGAGCUUGAAAGUUCAUUGAAUACAUCUAAAAAACAAAUGGAAAAAUUGAAAAAGCAAUUGAAAAAGGAGGAGGAACGAAAAAAAGCGUUAGAAGAAGAAUUGGCAGAAGAUCAGAAAAAGAUUCGUGAAUUGGAAGAGAAAUAUAAUCUAACGGCGUCCAAGUUAAAAGAAAUGCAAUCAGAGAGUGAAGAUGAAAAAAAUAAUACUAAAUUAAAAGCUGAUUGUUCGGAGAAGAAGAAAAAUUUACAAGACGUAAGUGCUAGAAUAUCUCAUCUUGAUCAUGUUUUAAAAGAAAAGUCAAUGGAUUUAGAGAGAACAGCAGAUACAGAUGAGAAGGAAGCACUUCGUCAUGAAAUUCGAAAUUUAAGACGUACGAGAGAUUGUCUAGUUGAUGAGAAAUGUGAUCUGGAUGAAAAAUUUCAAAAAGAAAAAACAUUAAGUACAGUCGAAGAACGACAAUUGCUAGAAUGUGGAGAAACAAUCGAAGCGAUCGAUGCCAUGAUAGAGCAUAAAAAUGAAAUGAUCUGUGGACGAAAAGGUUUCGAUGAAAAUCAAUCUCAGCGUGAAAAGGGGGAACGUAUGUUGAUGGAACGAUUGGCAAAACUUUCCGAUGGUGAAAUGAGAACGUUGUUUUAUAAAUAUUUUCUUAAGGUGAUUGAUCUGAAAGAAAGUUCAAAAAAUUUGGAAGUCCAAAAUGCUGAACUUGAAACUCAUGUAGAAGCUCAGGAAUGGCGUAUACAAACUUUAACUAAUGCUUUAAAACAGACAAAAUUAGAAGCCGAAAGGAGAAUUGUAUUGAUGCAAAGAGAACAUGAAGAAAAAUUACAUUUAAUGUUUAGGCAUAUCGCGGAGGAAACAAGUAGCUCAGGACAUGAAAGAUUAGAUAAGGAUUCUGAAUUAGCCAAAUAUAAAAGAGAGAAUCGAACUUUAAGAAAACGAUUGGCAGAUGUUGAAGCUUUGCUCAAAGGUCCAACAGUACCACGUACGGCAAGUCCAGCAAGGAUUCCACAGCAGGGAUUGAAACAAAUUGCUGCUGCUGGUCGUCCUAUAACCAAAGUAACUAGACAACGUAAUAAACUAAUAAUACAAAAAACUACUGACUGUGACAAGAGAAAACAGUAAGUCUUAUUUAGUUAUUUAUGUUUUUUUUUAUUUACAUAAAAAAGAACUUAUUUCUUUUUUGUUAUAUAUUUAACAUGAAAUUUUUUCUAUGAAAAUUAAUAAGAAUUGAGAUGAAAAAUUAACCCUUUACACUAAUAUUUGUCUUCUUAUAAUUAGUCAUUGAUCAUCUCAUUUAUAAGUAGUAAUAAAUCAAAUUUCGGCAAUGUAUUAAUAUAAAAAAAAAAACCAAAUGUAUGCAUAGUAAAGACAAAAAUGUGCAAAGGAUUAAUUCUAUUAUUUAAAUGCCAUAGCAUAUAUUAGAUAAAAUUAGCAUUUACUUUGUGGGCCAUAUAUAAUAUUGUGAAUUGAAAUAUUAAAAAAAAAAAAACAUAUAUACAUAAUCUUAUGUAAUCUUCACAAAUUAGAUGUUUUCUUAGCUAAGUAUAACUUUCUAAAAUAUAUUGUUCCAUCAUAUUAAUACUUUUUAUUAAAAUACAUAAUAUAGGUUCACGAUUAUUCAUUAUCAAUAUUAAAGACAAUUUUAUUUUAUAAAAUUAUCUAAAAGAUAA